GUUCUAUCACUGUGUCUAACUGCGUGAAAAUGUCCGGUAUCAGUUCACUGGACCAGGAUCAGUUCAGCUGUCCAGUCUGUCUGGAUGUGCUGAAUAAUCCAGUCACUACUGCCUGUGGACACAGUUUCUGUCUGGACUGUAUUACAGGCUGCUGGGAUCAGGAGGAUCAGAAGGGAACCUACAGCUGCCCUCAGUGCAGACACUCCUUCACCCUGAGACCUGUUCUACACAAGAACGUGAUGAUUGCUGCAAUGAUGGAGAAGCUGAAGAUAACGACGGUUCUCAAAUCUGUCGCUGCUCCUCCUGCUGAAGAUGUGGAGUGUGAUUUCUGUACUGGACAGAAACACAAAGCCGUCAGGUCCUGUCUGGUGUGUCUGGCCUCUUACUGUGAAACUCACCUGCAGCCUCACUAUGAAUCUCCUGCCUUUCAGAAGCACAAGGUGGUUGGAGCUUCCAGACGACUCCAGGAGCAGAUCUGCUCUCAGCAUGAGAAGCUGCUGGAGGUUUACUGUCGCACUGACCAGCAGUGCAUCUGCAUGCUGUGCACCAUGGAUGAGCACAGAGGGCAUCAUACAGUACGAAUUACAGCAGAAAGAGCUGAGAAGCAGACACAGUUGGUGUGGACCAGGAGACAGUCUCAGAAAAGAAUCCAGGAGAGAGAGAAGGAGCUUCAGGAGCUCAGGGAGGCUGUGGAGACUCACAAGCGCUCUGCUCAGGCCGCAGUGCAGGACAGUGACAGGAUCUUCACUGAGCUGAUCAGCUCCAUUGAGAGGAAACGCUCUGAGGUCACAGAGCUGAUCAGAACUCAGGAGGAAGCUGCAGUGAGUCGAGCUGAAGGAAUCCUGAGGCGACUGGAGCAGGAGAUCGCUGAGCUGAGGAGGAGAGACGCUGAGCUGGAGCAGCUUUCACACUCAGAAGAUCACAUCCAUUUCCUCCAGAAUUUCCAGUCUCUCUCAAUCGGUCCUGGAUCUACAGGAUUAUCAACAAUCACUGUCAGUCCUCUUCUCUCUUUCGAGGAGGUAGCAGAAUCUGUCAAUCAACUGAAAAAAGAAAUAGAUGAACUCUGUAACAAGCACUUUAGAAUGAUAUCAAACACAGUGAGGGAGGUCCACAUCAUUCCUCUUCCUGAUCCCCAAAGCAGAGAGGAGUUCCUACAAUACUCCUCUGAGCUCACACUGGACUCCAACUCUGCACACAAACACCUCCAUCUAUCUGAGGGGAACACAGCGGUGACCUGCAGCAACGAUGUCCAGUCAUAUCCCGACCAUCCAGACAGAUUUGACCAUUACCUCCAAGUGCUGUGUAGAGAGAUCAUGACUGGACGCUGUUACUGGGAGGUUGAGUGGAGUGGAGCUGGAGGGGUUUAUGUAGCCACCUCCUAUAAAAGCAUCAGCAGGAAGGGAAAAGGCGAUGAGUGCGCGUUUGGACGAAGUGACCAGUCCUGGAGAUUCUUCUGCACUCCCUCCAGAUGCACGUUCUGGCACAACAACAAAGAAACUGAAAUCUCCAGAGUGUCCAGCUCCUCUAGAAUAGGGGUUUAUGUGGAUCACCGGGCAGGAACUCUGUCCUUCUACAGCGUCUCUGAAACAAUGACCCUCCUACACAGAGUCCAGACCACAUUCGCUCAGCCGCUCUACGCUGGUUUUUGGGUCGGUUUUGGAUCAUCGGUGAAUUUGUGUCAGCUGUCAAAAGAGAAAACACAGGGAUGUUGA